AUCGGCUUUAUCGUUGACGCGUAUCUACUCUACGUGCAGCUGAGCAGGGCGCUGCAGUUUGGCUACUGCCUGGGUGUCGGCACCUUCCCCUUCAACUCCUUCCUCAGCGGCUUCAUCUCUGCCUUGGGCAGCUUCAUCCUGGGCGUUUGCCUGAGGAUCCAGAUCAAUCCACAGAACAAAAACGACUUCCAGGGCAUCUCGCCAGAACGCGCCUUCGCCGACUUCCUCUUCGCCAGCACCAUCCUGCACCUUGUCGUCAUCAACUUCGUGGGCUGAGCCAGGGGACCAUUUGGUCCUGACUACCUCUCAUGGUCGGCUGAUGCCAUGCCCAGGGACAGAUGUGCCAGCCACCCAUGGACAUGGGUCCUGCCCCUCAUGGGGAAGGGCUGCAGCAGUGCAAACUGAUGAGGCCUCUUGAGAAGAUGGCAGACUCUUCCCCCCACCGCCUAUGACCCCCUCUCCCAAUAAACCCCAUAGUGCUGGAGAAAAAAACAAAAACAAAAAAAACCCUCCAACCUCUAGGAAGAGGUUUCUCU